AUGAGAGCGAGAAUGACAAGAGGAAAGAGAGGGACAGAAAAAAAGAGAAGCCCGACCCGGGGACCGUGGGUGGGAGGCCAAAUGGAAAAGAAACCGCUAACCUUUUUACCGACUCGAGGGGCGAAAGACCGUGAUACUAACAUCUUAGAAAAGAAUAGAGAAGAAGAACCGUGCCUCAGCAUCACCGACACCUCAUCACUUGAACCGGAAGCCACUCAUCAUCAAGGGAUGCGUUAG